CAAAGCCAAAGCGGGACUCCGGGCCGGCGCGCACGCACGCACGCACGCGGGGGCGGGGCCGGCGCGCGCCCGCCUGUCGCGACUGUCGGCUCCAAGGCCCAGGGGGAGGUGGCCUGUCGCGGGUCGCCCGGCUCCCGGAGGCUAAGGGGGCGCGGGCGGAUGGCGGAAGGCGGCCAGCCGCAGCAGCAGCCGCCUCAGCUUGGGCCCGGUGCCGCUGCCCGGGGCAUGAAGCGGGAGUCGGAGCUGGAGCUGCCGGUGCCCGAAGCGGGGGCAGACGGACCCGAGCCCGGCCUGAGCAAGCGGCCGCGCACGGAGGAGGCGGCCGACGGCGGGAUGCAGAACGAGCAGCUGACUCCAGGUUAUCAUGGAUUCCCAGCACGGGACAGCCAGGGUAACCAGGAGCCAACAACAACUCCUGACGCAAUGGUUCAGCCUUUUACUACCAUCCCAUUUCCACCACCUCCACAGAACGGAAUUCCUACAGAAUACGGAGUGCCACACACUCAGGACUAUGCUGGCCAGACCAGUGAACAUAACCUGACGCUCUACGGGGGUACACAAGCCCAUGGAGAGCAGAGUAGCAAUUCACCAAGUAAUCAGAAUGGAUCUCUCACGCAGACAGAAGGUGGAGCACAAACAGACGGACAACAGUCACAGACACAAAGUAAUGAAAAUUCAGAGAGUAAAUCCACCCCCAAACGACUACAUGUCUCUAAUAUUCCCUUCCGCUUCCGGGACCCAGACCUCCGACAGAUGUUUGGGCAGUUUGGCAAAAUCCUAGAUGUGGAAAUAAUCUUUAAUGAGCGCGGCUCCAAGGGAUUCGGGUUCGUAACUUUCGAGAAUAGUGCUGAUGCAGACAGGGCCAGGGAGAAAUUGCACGGCACCGUGGUAGAGGGUCGUAAAAUCGAGGUAAAUAAUGCUACAGCACGAGUCAUGACCAAUAAGAAGAUGGUCACGCCAUACGCCAAUGGCUGGAAAUUAAGCCCAGUAGUUGGAGCUGUGUAUGGCCCUGAAUUAUAUGCAGCAUCCAGCUUUCAAGCUGAUGUGUCCCUAGGCAAUGAGGCGGCUGUGCCCCUAUCAGGAAGAGGAGGCAUCAACACUUACAUUCCUCUAAUCAGUCUCCCUUUAGUUCCUGGCUUCCCUUACCCAACUGCAGCCACCACGGCAGCCGCAUUCAGAGGAGCCCAUCUGAGGGGCAGAGGACGGACAGUGUAUGGUGCAGUCAGAGCGGUACCUCCAACAGCCAUCCCCGCCUAUCCAGGUGUGGUUUACCAGGACGGAUUUUACGGUGCUGACCUCUAUAUAGAGUCUGCAAACUGCUUCAGAUCAAACAGGGUGGAUAUGCAGCCUACAGAUAUGCACAGCCUGCUACUGCAACCGCAGCCACAGCUGCUGCAGCCGCUGCAGCCGCUUACAGCGACGGUUACGGCAGGGUGUACACAGCUGACCCCUACCAUGCCCUCGCCCCUGCCGCCAGCUAUGGAGUUGGCGCUGUGGCGAGUUUGUACCGAGGUGGCUACAGCCGAUUUGCCCCCUACUGAAGUGACGUGAGACCCCUGCAAAUGGGACAGCCCCCAGUUCAUGAGGCCUGGCUAUUGCAAUAUUUACUAGUAGAGGACUCUAUAGCAAGUGAAGAAGAAAACAAACAAACAAAAAAGAAAGAAUACUUUUUUAUACCUCACUAUGUUCUUUGAAUAUGUAUUUUUCCUUUAAAUUUCUGCCUUUAA